AUGGGUGAUCUGAUCCGCACAUCAUUGUUGAUGACCCGUCCGUCCAUUCCUCCAGUUUCUACGAUCAGAAGAAUCCCACAGCUGCACUUCAGAGUUGUGAAGAGCAAUUUGGGUUUUUUUUUUUUUUUUUUUUUNUUUUUAUCUCUCUGCAGUAAACAAAGCUUCUUCUUCUACAAUGUUUUUUUUUCUUCUUCUACAAUGUUGACGAAGGACAAAACAACGAAAUUGUUGUCGGUGAGAAACCGAAGAUGUUUCAAGAAACUCUCUUCCGUAUUAAAGAAGACAACAAAUCUUGCUAUGAGAGAACAGACCAUGUUUAAGAAAGCCUCGGAGCUUUCAAUCUUGUGCGAUGUCGAGGUCUGUGUUAUAUACUACAACCGCGACGGAGAACUCGUCAGGACAUGGCCGGAAGAUCAAUCCAAGGUUCGAGACAUGGCAGAGAGAUUCAGCAAACUAAGCGAUAGAGAGAGACGCAAGAAAAGCACAAACCUUUCUCAGUUUCUGAAUAAGAAGAAGACGACCCUCAAAUACAAGAAGAAGACAUCUUUUGAUAUCACGGAGGACAACAAAUUCUCUGAGAAACUUUUGGAGAUGGAGGCUUCGUUAGAGAGUUCUCUACGGGUGUGUCAAGAUCAGCUUCUUCGGGUGUUACAGAACCAGACGAAACCCCCCGAUCAGAACCCUCCUCCUGUGGUGUCUUCCGCCGGCUUCUUCACACCAGAUCCAUCAUUGAUGAGCGGAACAGAGCAAUACCUAUCGACGCCAUCAUUGACUCAACAACAUCAGAGCAAAGUUUCAGUCUUUCUCUAUAACCAUGACAACGGUAGCUUCUGUCAACUCCCUGACUCCUCUGUUUCUACCUUUGACCCAUCGACGAUGUUAGAUUAUGAGUUUUGAUUUAGAUAUAUAUUUAGGGUUUGUUAGAAGUUGACACUUUUUGUUUGUUAUCAUCCUUUGAAUUGUAUGUUUUGCCAAGUAUGAAUGUAUUUUUUUGUUUCUCAAGUUU